AUGAAAGCCGUUGAAGUCCUAGGCAGCAAGACCAAACCAGAGGUCAUCCUCAAUCCAGACAUUCCCAAACCUUCUCCGAAAAAGGCUGAGAUUCUCAUCAAAGUUCACGCUGCGGCUGUCACGAGAGAUGAACUUACCUGGGAGGAGCUAUGGCUUCGUCCGCUCCGCAUUCCGGGUCACGACGUCUCUGGGGAAAUCGCCGAGUUGGGACCGGACUAUAUGGGAGAUUUCAAGGUCGGAGACGAGGUCUACUCCAUGAUUCACACAUUUAGGGGCCUUGGACAGGCGGAGUAUGUCAUUGUUGAGGGCGAAGAACUGGCCAAGAAGCCAAAGACGCUGAGCCAUGCUCAAGCCUCUGCGCUGCCGAUUCCUCUGCUGACUGCUUGGGAGGCCAUUUUCGAGCGCGCGAAGGUGCAGAAGGGAUGGAAGGUGCUCGUCACUGGCGCUAACGGAGCCGUCGGUGUUAUUCUUGUGCAGAUGCUUUCUCGCUUGGCUGGUGCUGAGGUCAUUGCUGUUGCCGGUCUACAGAAUCACAAGGCGUUGAAGGAACUUGGCGUUAAUCAGGUCGUUGACUACAACACGCCGAAUUGGGAGGAUUCGAUCAAGGACGUUGACGUCGUCAUUGACACGGUUGGCGAUCCCAUCUUGGCCAAGACAUGGAAGACAGUCAAGAGCCAUGGCCAUGUCAUUACCGUGGGGCCAGCGCCAGCUGCUUGGGAGUGGGGAAAAGGCCGCCCAAUCGAGGUGGACGAGUUUCCCAACGUGAAGUGGCUCUUCUUUAUCGUUAGUCCAAAGAGAGAAACGCUGGAAAAGACUGCGCAGUUAGUAGAUAAUGGGACAAUCAAGCCUAUCGAUGUGGAAUUGUUUUCUCCAGACAAGGCAGAGCAAGCUCAUAAGAGUGCUUCGAUCCGGGGUAGGAAAGGCAAGGUUGUCAUUGAGUUUGUGCCGGGAAGGAACUGA